UUUGAUUGUCUUUUUCUCUCUCUUUCUGCCUCACCUCACUUCAAAACUGAUAGAUAUCAGUAUAUAUAUUGUCAUAAUCCUAAUACCAAUAAUAACACUACUUCUAGCCUUUCACUUCAUCCAAUCACACCCACAUCUCUUCACUACUAUUAUUGAUUUUCAGACCUUUUUUUUUCUUCAUUUCAUCUUCUUUCCUUAUUUUACUAAAAAAAAAAAGAUAAAAGAGUCUUGUUAUCUUUCUUUUGCUUUGUUUUUUUAAAAUUAAAUGGCUGAAGGAUUUGAACCUUAUCAUGUCCCACAACAAAGUAGAAGAGAUAAGCUUAGAGUUUUACUUGAUGAAAAUAACAGUAGUAAUUGUCAAAUCCCUCUUUAUGAUCCAUCUAUUGUUUUGCCUUCAGAUUUGUCAAUUUUUCAAGAAAUUAAUGGUAACCCUUUUCUCUAUACAUCUCAAAUUCCAAGAUUUCUUGAUCAUACUAAUAAUAGUUGUAGUAGUAAUAGUAACACAAAUGGUCAAGGUAAUUUAUCUUUGUCUUUGUCAUCUCUUCAUCAUACUACUAAUGACUUGUCAUCGUCUAAGAGUAUUACUACGACUACUAGUUGUGUACCACUUGGACCUUUUACGGGGUACUCUUUAAUUUUGAAGAGAUCAAGGUUUUUGAAACCUGCACAAAUUUUGUUGGAUGAAUUGUGUCAUGUUAGUAAAGGGAUUUAUGUUGAUGAUGAUGGUAAUUCUAAUUUGAUGAUGGAUCCUCCACAAGGUUUUAUUAAUGGAGAUGAGCAAUUUGGGAAAAAGAAAUCCAGAUUAAUUUCAAUGCUUGAUGAGGUAUACCAUAAGUACAAGCAAUAUCAUGAGCAACUACAAAUGGUUGUGGCAUCAUUUGAAUCAGUUGCUGGACUUGGAAAUGCAGCACCAUUUGCAAACAUAGCUAUAAAAACUAUGUCAAAACACUUCAAAUGCCUUAAAGAUGCCAUAAUUGACCAACUCCAAUUUACAACAAGCAAAUCUUCACAUCAUAUUCAUGGUCAAAUUAAUUGUGAAAGAGCUGUUACAAUUUCUGGCAAAGGAAUUUAUUGCCAAAGACAAGAAACUCAACCUGUUUGGAGACCACAAAGAGGGCUUCCUGAACGUGCUGUCACUGUACUUAGGGCUUGGUUGUUUGACCAUUUUCUUCACCCUUACCCCACGGACAGCGAUAAAGUAAUGUUAGCCAAACAAACUGGCCUCUCAAGAAAUCAGGUUUCUAAUUGGUUCAUUAACGCGAGAGUAAGACUUUGGAAACCUAUGGUAGAGGAGAUUCACAUGCUUGAAACUCGAGAAGGUCAUAAUAAAUCUUCACAGAGAGAAGAACCUAACAACAACAACGACAAUAAUAAUCCGAUUGAACAUUUUCCUAUGAGUAAUUCAAAUGCAUGUGAAAGUAAUACUCUAUCUACAUCAACAUCAAGAUUACAAGACCUUCCAUCAAAACGAACUCGAAAUGAGUUAGCAAAUAUUCCCAAUAAUAUUGGAAGAAUCGCGGAUUCAUUUAAUUUAUCAUAUAACGGAAAUUUGUCAACUGGAGUUGGUGGUGGUGUGUCAUUAACAUUAGGGCUUCAUCAGAACUCCGGUAAUAUUGGUUUAUCAGAGCCAUUUCCGAUGAAUGCAGCUCGACGUUUUGGUAUCGAUAAUAAUACCAAUAGUGGAAGGUUUAUUGUUGGUGGAUUUGAUGAACAAAAUGGACAAUUUGGAAGAAAUAAUACUAUGGUUGGUGGGCAAUUCUUGCAUGAUUUUGCUGGUUGAAUGAAGAA